GCUGCAACGAGAAAACAUAAAUUGUUAUUGUUUUUGCCGGGCUGUGUUGCACCACACUUUCUCAGCUAGCGAGACUUUUGUGAAAUCAAGAGUAUAAAACCGAACCUCUCACUGUCAGUCUGCAGAACUUCGCCAGUGGACCUCAGCUCGCAUAACAAAAGAGACUUCCACUGUUCAAAUAGCUUUCCUGGAAAUUCAAUUGUUGCAAAUGAUGGUUCAAGAUUUCUAUUUUUCGUAAGGAGUGGUUUUCAGGUGUAAAAAAGAAUGAGUGCUGCUGCAGAGACCAUAAAUGUCGAGGAGAAAUUCUCAGGAUCCUCACUGACUAGUGCUCAAAAUGGAUCACCAGAUGGCGCUGACAACCUGUUUGCUCCGGAUGGUGAUGGCGAGUUUUACCUUGAGGAUGGUGGCACUUUAAAUGGCAAAGAACAAGGAGUUGAUCCAAGGGUGGCCUUGAUCAGUCCUGAUGAUGAACAGUUUGACUUUUUACUUCAUAAACUAAAGGAGAGGUUGGAUGAAGGACAUGGAGAGACUAUCUAUGAAGUUGGAGUUGGAGAUAGUACACCAAGUGGCCUCAAUGCAGAGGAUUUGAAAGCUUCAGUGGACUCCCUGAAACUGUUAUCCGAAGCCUGUGAUGCCGACAUUGUCUUGCUUAGAGAGAAAUCAGCAGAGGAAGGGACUGUUGCAGAGUAUCUUGUGCGCAACAGGGCAGAUGAAAGUGAUUUUAUGGAAGUGAGAGUGGCUGUGGUUGGUAAUGUGGAUGCAGGCAAAAGCACCUUACUGGGUGUGCUGACUCAUGGGGAACUAGACAACGGACGAGGCAUGGCAAGACAGAGGCUAUUCCGCCACAAACAUGAGAUGGAAUCAGGAAGAACCAGUAGUGUGGGAAAUGAUAUCCUGGGUUUUGACAGCAGAGGAGACGUUGUCAACAAGCCUGAUACUCACGGAGGAGGGCUUGAUUGGUCCAGGAUAUGUCAGAAGUCUUCAAAGGUGAUCACUUUUAUUGAUCUGGCUGGGCAUGAAAGAUACCUGAAAACAACUAUCUUUGGAAUGACUGGUCACGUUCCAGACUUUGCUAUGCUGAUGAUUGGAUCAAAUGCAGGAAUUAUAGGCAUGACAAAAGAACAUCUUGGGCUUGCACUAGCACUUAAUGUUCCUGUGUUUGUGGUGGUGACAAAGAUUGACAUGUGUCCACCCAAUGUACUCCAAGACACCAUGAAACUUUUAGCAAGGAUUCUGAAGUCUCCUGGUUGUCGUAAAAUCCCCGUCAUUGUGCAAAACACUGAUGAUGUAGUGGUUUCGGCAACAAACUUUGUUUCUGAAAGGGUGUGCCCAAUAUUCCAGAUUUCCAAUGUGACUGGUGAGAAUCUUGACCUCCUGAAAAUGUUUCUCAAUUUGCUUUCAAUCCGUGCACAUUUCAAGAAGGAUGAGCCCUCUGAGUUCCAGAUUGAUGACACCUACUCAGUACCGGGUGUUGGAACAGUAGUGUCAGGCACGUGUCUACGAGGAACCAUUCGACUGAAUGACGUCCUACUUCUCGGCCCAGACCCUCUAGGACAGUUUCAGCCAAUCACGGUCAAGACAAUACAUCGCAAGAGAAUGCCAGUGAAAGAACUUCGUGCAGGCCAAACGGCAUCAUUUGCUUUGAAAAAAAUAAAAAGAUCGCAGAUCAGGAAAGGAAUGGUUAUGGUGGAUAAACAAGUCAAACCACAAGCAUGCUGGGAAUUCGAAGCCGAGGUGUUGGUACUACAUCAUCCAACAACUAUCAGUACAAAAUACCAGGCCAUGGUCCACUGCGGAAGCAUGCGGCAAACAGCCACGAUAAUUCACAUGGAUAAAGAACAUCUACGGACAGGAGACAAAGCCAUGGUUCGUUUCCGCUUUAUAAAGCAACCAGAAUUUGUCAAACCGGAAACGCGAAUGAUCUUCAGAGAAGGAAGAACGAAAGCUGUCGGUACAAUACAGCGGAUAGACCCUACUGCGCAUCCUCCGCCGCUUGUUGGCGGGAAAGUGAAACACCGCGGACCAGGCAGAGGUACUCAACAGUCACGUGACAAAGGCAAAGAAGGAACCAGUGGGCAAGCGUCGUCUAACUCGGAAAGAACAGGGAAAAAAUAAAUCUACAACACACGCGUGUGCUUUUAGUGACGUAAUAUCCUCUGAAAAUUAUUUUAUUUUUAAAUUUUAGUCGUUAAUCUUCACUAUAGUUUUAUCCUAUUUAAAUUUCAAAAAAAGACAUUGCGAUCAUGUCGCAAUUUAGGGUUUUUUAAAAGUUAUCUUCUUUCUUCAUUCGUGUAGUUUUAGGAUUUGUGUUUGAUCGUGAGUUUUACGAUAAUUUAUGCAACAAACCUGCACAUCAAUUAAACUUAAGCGAAAAUCCGU